GGGUGCGGUGACACUCUUGCGAGCGCUUUGUCAACUGGGGUCUCUGUAGACUCUCUCCCGGGCGGGCUGAGUCCACCGAGUCCUCCUUACCGGCCCCUUCCAGAUUCCGGAGGUCCGAGACGCUGGCUGAGGUAGCGGUCAUAAGCAGCGAACUCUUGAUGGUUUUCUAGAAAGCCUAAAGAUGACAUCCAAAGUCACCAGCGAGAUAAAUGUCAGCAAGUGGAGGCUAAAGUCCGGAGAUUCCAAAUCUGAAACCGAGCUGCAGAUAUAUAAAAAGGAGAAUGCAGCCCUGAAAAAAUCUUUGGAAGAAAUCAUUAAGGGCAAAAGCAAAAUGACACCUGAAGAAAGAAAAAGGCUUUUGGAGAAAAUACUUGCCCUUGAAACGGAAAAUGAAAAAUACAAGGGCAUCUUGGGAGAGAAAAAUAAAGAAAUCCAGCACAUAAAAGCCGAGCUGAAGAAAAGAAGCAAAAAUGGAGAUCUUGACAGCCUAUGGAACCAACUGGAAAAGAAUACAAAGGAAGUGGCAAAGAGAGAACAGCUGUUCACUUCUCUCUCGGAAGAGGUAGACUGCCUGAAAAACGAGUUAGCUACAAAGUGUUCAGAGCCUGAAAACAGUGCUGGAACUGUUCAAGAUUCCCAGGAAACUGGUGUGAGCUGCACUGGAUCACAAAGAAAUGUGAAUGAAAUUGAAGUCCAGCUUAAAGAUGCUUUGGAGAAAAACCACCAGUGGCUGAUAUAUGAUCAGCAACGGGAAGCCUAUGUUCAGGGCCUCUUAGCAAGGAUCUUUGCACUAGAGCAGCAGUUCAAAAAUGUUGUCCCGCAGGAAGCCAAAGAAACCCAGACCGAAGACGAACAGCAGAUGCAUUAUGAAGAGCUGUUGGUAGCAGCCAGAAAUGAUCUUGAGAUAGAAAGACUUGCUGUAGCCCAGCUGGAUUCUGAGCUUAGUGCAUUAAAAAUGAAGCAUGACGAAACCCAGCGAGAGGUGAUUCACUUAAAUGCACUGAAGUCAGAACAGCAAGCCAACAUGCGGGCUCUUCAGGAGGAAAUCCGCAUCAAAGGAGAGUUAAUAAAGAGACUUACACAUGAAAACAAAUUAAACAGAGAAAAGUUUGAAGAAGAAAGGAAAAGGACAGAAGCUCUUGUGUCUCAGGUUGAAUUGCUUCAUAGAUCUCUCUUAAAGGAGCAAGAGGAACAUACCAGGAUAGCAGCUUUGGAACAACAGGUCCAGGCAUGUACAACAGACUUUGAGAAUGAAAAAGUUGAUCGCCAGAACUUAAAGCAUCAGUUGCAUAAGUUUCUUAAGGAGCUGCGCAAAGCAAAAGAGCAGAUCUCACGUCUUGAGCCCGCAAAGCUCCCAGAACAUGCGUGCGUAGAAGGCCCGCACAGUUUCCAGACUGCUUUUGAAGACAAGCUGGUAAUUCAAGACGAACAUUCUUCACCGAAAUAUUCAAAUCUUCUCGACGAAAGUUUCCUGGAGUGCCCCAAAUGUAAAGCUCUAUACCCUACAAGCCAGCAUAGGGAGUUAUUAGCCCAUAUUGAUUUCUGUGCAGAUUAAAUACAGGUUAAGAUCUGUAGUUGUGUCUUACCACACCCAGAUAUGUAAACUAAAAAGUAAUAGCUUUUAAAAGCAGCUGACGACGGAUGCAUUUGGACAGCAGGUGAAGCCAACACUGUGCACUAACCUGGCUUGUUUCUGGCUUUGUGUGCAUACUUUGCUCCUGCCUUCCCCCUUUCUUGCACAAGGGAGGAUUGAGAAGGCAGGAACCAAUGCAUACAUGAGGCCAGACGGGUUUGCGCAUAAUGCAUGCUUCAGUGUCAGCUUCAUGUGGCCUCCAAUGCAGACAGAUUAUAAAAGACUACUAUUUUCACAUAUGAAAUAGAACACUGUACAGAACAUGAUUUUUUAAAUUAAUAAAACUGUUUUUAGGAAUGAUCCCAAAGGCAGACAUGAUAUCUUAUAUUCUAAACUACUGAUUGUAUUUGCACUGUGUACAGAUCGGUAGAAAUGUUCAGUUGACUUGACUUAUUUUAUGUGGCUUUGUAAGUGGUUAGGAAGAAGACUGCCAAACAUGCCUAUUUCAGUCUGACAGUAUAUCUGGUUUUAUUUGAUUGGCUAUUAUAUAACUGCUUCACUAUUUUAACAUCUCAAGACCUUCAAACAUUUUAAGGAAGAGAAAUGUGUCAGCUCUGAUUGCUCUGGAGGGUGUGUAGUCCAUUCUCAAGCACGAGAGGUGCUGACAGGCAAAGCAGAAAAACAUAAAGCCCAUUUUCCAACUUCCAUUCAAUGCUUUUUGCGCGUGCAUAGAAACAAUGAACCCAAACAAACACACUCCUCUCUUAGCAUUCUGGUAUCCUGCAGGUAACAAGGAAUGU